UCUCUCAUUUUCUCUCUCUUUUUCAACACCCCGCUGCCCUUGGUCCCGAUCCCAUUCUUGACGCCAAUACCAAGAUUGAAUCGGAUGCCCUUGCGAGUCUCCCUCCCUCUCGGCCUCUUCCCCCCUCCAUCACAGUUGGUUUUGGAGACUUUUGGGCUUUUCCAUCUCCGUCUCGUCUGAAAUUGCGCCCUUCAAGAUGUUCUGGCGUAUGACUGGAUUGUCCACUACAUCUCCUGUGGACUCUAUUCUUGACAAAGAAAAUUAUACUUUGGAAGAGCUGCUUGAUGAAGAUGAAAUUAUUCAAGAAUGCAAAGCCCUCAAUAGUCGGCUAAUCAACUUCCUGCGAGAAAGGACGCAGGUUGAGCAACUCCUUCGGUAUAUUGUUGAAGAACCUCCUACUGAUGCUGAAAAGAGACGCAUUUUUAAGUUUCCUUUUAUUGCCUGUGAAAUAUUUACUUGCGAAGUUGAUGUCAUUCUCAAAACUUUGAUUGAAGAUGAAGAGUUGAUGCAUAUCCUUUUCUCCUUCCUGGAGCCAGAUCGAUCACAUAAUACAUUAAUAUCUGGGUAUUUUAGUAAGGUGGUUAUAUGCCUGAUGCUGCGAAAGACAGUUCCUUUCAUGAAUUUUAUUCAAGGCCAUAAGGAAAUUAUCCGCAAAAUGGUUGAUUUGAUUGGCAUCACAUCUAUUAUGGAGGUUUUAGUUCGACUAGUUGGUGCUGACGAUCAUAUCUACACAAACUACAUGGAUGCAAUGCAAUGGUUAGAUGAUACUGAUGUACUUGAGAUCAUUGUAGAUAAGCUCAGUUCAUCAGAUUCUCCGGAGGUGCAUGCUAAUGCAGCAGAAACAUUAUGUGCUAUCAUGCGAUACACCCCUUCACCAUUGGCUACAAAAAUUGCCAGCCCAAGUUUUGUUGGAAGACUGUUUAAUCAUGCCUUGGAUAGCUCACGACCAAAAUCUGUUUUAGUUCACUCUUUAUCUGUAUGCAUUGCAUUGUUAGACCCUAAGAGAAUGGUUUCAACACCUAGUUAUUCUAGUCGUGGCAAUCUAGCAUUUGGUUCAUCAACAAUUGCUAGCCCAGAGACAGUUGUUGGUAUGCUGGAGAAGCUUGGUGAUUUGCUGCAGCUGUUGAAUGUAUCAAAUUCUCAGGUCGUUUUGACUACUACCUAUGGCAAGCUACAACCUCCUCUUGGGAAACAUCGUUUGAAGAUUGUGGAGUUCAUCUCAGUCUUGUUGACUGCUGGUAGUGAAGCUGCUGAGAAGGAGCUUGUUCAGUUAGGAGCUUUACAACGUGUUCUUGAUUUGUUUUUUGAGUAUCCGUUUAAUAACUUUCUGCAUCACCACGUGGAAAAUAUAAUUGUUUCAUGUCUAGAGAGCAAGAAAGUCAUCUUUAUCGAACAUCUUUUUCAAGAUUGUGAUCUUAUUGGGAAGAUUCUUGCAGCCGAAAAGAGCUUCACACUUUCAACUGCUUCUGAUAAACCAACUUCUGCUGCUUCUGGAAGAUCACCUCCCAAGAUAGGAAACAUAGGGCACCUUACUCGAAUAGCAAACAAGCUUAUUCAACUUGGGAAUACUAAUGGCCAGAUUUCAGCAUACCUCCAGGAAAACAAUGAUUGGGCUGACUGGCAGUCCAACAUACUGGUGAAGCGUAAUGCACUUGAAAAUAUCUAUCAGUGGGCUUGUGGCCGCCCAACUACAUUACAAGAGCGAACAAGGGACAGUGAUGAUGAUGAUUUUCGAGACAGAGAUUUUGAUGUUGCAGCUCUAGCAAGUAACCUUAGCCAGGCAUUUCGCUAUGGUAUUUACUGCAAUGAUGACAUUGAAGAGGCUCAUGGAUCCCUUGAGCGAGAUGAUGAGGACGUGUAUUUUGAUGAAGAAUCUGCAGAAGUUGUCAUAUCUUCUCUAAGGCUGGGAGAUGACCAGGAUAGUGGAUCUCUUUUUACAAAUUCCAACUGGUUUGCUUUUGAGGAUGACCGAGUUGCUAAUGAUCGGAUUAGUGAUUCUCUUGCCACUGCGUCACCCAGUGCUGAGGAUGACGAGGUGGUUGUUGGUGAGGAUGAUUUAAGUAAUACCACUGCAUUGACAGAAGACACUGAGGAGAAGUCAUUGCAGCCAGUACCUGGGGUUUCAGACAACGGUAUGCAUGUGGAGGUGAAUGACACUCGACCUGCAACUGCCAGCGAGGGUGAAAAACCACCUGAGUGGGUGGAAUGGAGGGAAUCAUCUGGUUUAGGGUCAUCAUCAGGAUCAAACUUUAAACUAGCAGCUUCUGUCAAUGGUGAUCCAAAAGUAGGUGGCAGUGUUCCAUUUUCCACUGAUGAAGCCAAUUCAGGCAUGCCAUCAACUGCUGGUAUUGCAAACAGUACUGUAGCUUUGCCAUUGUUGGGGGGUGAGAACCUGCUCUUGGAUGACCCAUCUGCUUCCAUGUUUGAAGAUGUGGAGUUGGUAGGCAAGGAAGAAACGACAGAUUCAAUGGAACUUGAUAAGAACAUUGGGAUCGGACAUAGUGCACCUGCUGCAAGUUGAUCAAAGAAGCUUCUGUUCUGAAGAGCAACAUUGUGUCUAUUGUCUGCAGAAUGCCCGUCAAUCAUGCUGUCGAGGUUAUUGUAACUUAGAAUUCUGUAGAAAUGGGAGAAGUAACAUCAUUUUAGGGGAGCUGAUUUUUCUGUUGUCCAUGACCAGCACUAGCAAGGGGAUCUCCCUCCCUCCCUUUCUCUCUCUUUCUCUCUCACAUUUGGCAACAGGUUGAAGUGGGUCAUGGAUGAUCAUGUUGGACAGCUCCAAUUUAUUGUUUUCUGCUGAGCCCCCAUCUACAGUGGUGGAGGUGAAACACACUAGCUUAUUGCUCUUUUCCUGUCGCCAUUGAUUUUUUCUGUAUGAUUAGUUCGUUCCUCUUUUUGCUUGA